AUGCAGCAACUCUUCCUUUUCACGCAAAUGUGUUCAUUUCAGAGUGAAUUUGAUGAUUUUUUGAAGGCCGCAGGCUCCAAACUCGUCGUCGUUGACUUUUCGGCAAAAUGGUGCGGACCUUGCAAAGCAACCGAUCCUGUCAUUCGUGACCUGGCUGUUCGGUAUGACAAUGUGAUGUUCUGUAGUGUGGAUAUCGAUCUGGCAGAGGACGUGGCUAAUUCUUGUAAAAUUAUCGCCAUGCCGACAUUCCAGAUGUACAAGAAAACGGAAAAGAUUUGCGAAAUUACUGGUACUGACACCGGGAAGUUGGAAGCAAAGAUUGAAGAACUAAUGUAG